AUGUCUCACCUGGGUACUUCAAGCUCCACUUUAAACGUCGUCACUUUGAGAGAGUUGGCAAGAAAGGAGUUGACAACUGUUCUCGAUUCGGUAAGAGGAAAAAAAUGUUUGGUACUGGACCCCAACAUCAGUGGACCCCUGAGCCUUAUCGCCGAAUUCUCAUUACUAAGGGACCACGGCGUCGAAAAAAUUCAUUACCUUCAACAAGGACCGUUGGAAACCGAACUUACUAGUUUGAUCUACAUAUGUCGGCCGCAGUUGCAAUACAUGAAAUACAUCGCAGAGCACAUUCAAUGUCAUCAGAAUGAACAAUUAUCCAGCCCAAACACCACAAGAUACGAGUACAGCCUCUUUUUUGUCCCACGGCGGACCAGGAUUUGUCAAAAAGUUUUAGAGGAAUCCGGAGAUGACCUCUUGUCUUUGGAAUUGGACAAUACCUUUAAAGAACUAUAUCUGGAUGGGGAUUAUACCUCGAUUUACUAUGCUGCGAGAGCACUUAUGAGGCUACAAACAUUAUUUGGACUAUUCCCAAGGGUAAUAGGAAAAGGGGAUUGUGCAAAGCAACUUGCUGACAUGCUCUUACGCAUGAGACGCGAGGUAGCUGUUGACGAUCCGUCCUCGACGAUGUCAGUGUCUCAGAAUAUAGAUUCCCUCAUCAUUAUUGAUCGAUCCGUCGAUCUUAUUACUCCUCUUUGCACUCAAUUAACAUACGAAGGGUUGAUAGAUGAAGUAUUCAGUAUUCGAGCUUCACACGUGGAGGUCGAUUCAUCGAUUGUAGGACCCGCACCACAAAAACCUACGGUGACCGCAGGUGCCGCAACAUCCACAUCAACGGCCACCUCUUCUCAGCCCCCAAUGCCGCCUCAACCUCUGGCAAAGAAGAAGAAGAUUGGUCUCAAUUCGGGUGAUAAAUUAUUUGCUCGAUUGAGAGACAUGAAUUUUGCUGUUGUCGGUGGUGUCCUCAGUAGUGUCGCCAAAAGGAUCAACGAUGAUUAUGAGGCACAUAUAAUUUCUUCAUCCGGUUUAUGUGAGAGGGAUUGGAAUGUAAGGCAUCAAGCCAAGACUGUGGCCCAGAUCCGAGAGUUUAUUAACAAAUUGGGAGGAUUGCAAUCAGAACAUCAAUCCUUAAGGACCCAUACGGGCAUUGCCGAAGAGAUAGUGGCGGUUACCGUUACGCCCGAAUUUAACAAGGCCCUGGAGGUGCAACAAAAUUUAGUCGCGGGCAUUGACAUAAAUACGCAGAACGAGUACAUAGAAGAAAUGAUUAACCGACAAGUUCCGCUUGUCCAAGUCCUACGACUACUGUGUCUUCAGAGUCUUGUGAACGGUGGGUUGAAGCAAAAGAAUUUCGAAUUUUUCAAAAAAGAAAUCCUGCAGACCUAUGGUUUCGAACAUCUUCAAACGCUCUCGAAUCUCGAGAAACUCAACAUGUUUGUAAAGCAAGUUUCAAACCGUAAUCAAUAUGCCUACAUUCGCAAGUCACUUCGAUUAAUUGUGGAUGAAGUGGACGAACACAAUCCUCAAGAUGUUUCGUAUGUAUACUCAGGUUAUGCACCUCUGAGUGUGCGGUUGUUACAAUGUGUGGCCACCAAAAGUGGGCCAUCUUCGAUUAGUAUUUCCAACGUUGGCGGAGGCGCAACCGGAGCGGUAACCAAUGCAAGCGGUAUAAGAGGUAAUGGUUGGAAAGGAUACGAGGAUGUAUUAAGAACGAUUCCGGGUAAAACUUUUGAUGAGGUUCAACGGUUGGAAGACGGCGCCAUUCGUCCUAAGAGAUUGAUACCAGGACAACAACCACACGUUACUCUCAUAUUUUUCUUGGGCGGGUGCACCUAUACCGAAAUUUCGGCGAUACGCUUUUUAGCACAACAAGAUGAAAGUCAUCGCGAAUUUGUCAUUGCCACAACCCAAAUCAUCAAUGGAAAUUCACUGUUGAACUCAAUUAUACAGAAAACCGAUCAUCCUGGGGUGACAAACGGACUAUCGUGA